AUGCAGAUAGCGGCGGGAAGAGGUGCAGAAUUGCAAAAGCACUUGGUGAAUCUCGAUGUCCACGAGAUUAGCGAGAUUAAACGGAUCACAAACGAUAAAGCUGAGUGGCUGGGGUUCAAGGACAUCAAGCAACAUGGCUGGGUUUCACCAACUGGUCCUUCACUUCCGGAAAUGAUUAGAAGACCCGUUGAUUCGACGAAGCUCCCUCAUUACCUCCACGGUGCCAUAGCCGCCUUGACGUUCGGCGAGACCAACAGCAUCUGGUACUCCAUAGACUGGAUACUACCCGAGAAGCCGCAAUGGUUGAAAAGAGAGAGGUACCAGACAGCUUUCAAUGUUCAGAGUGGCGUGAUAGUCAGCACGGUGAAGAAAGAUCCCGAGGUCAUCGUCGCUGCCAACGCGUGGGAUGUUGAACACGAUGAGACGUGGCGCGUGGAGGACGACUGGCAUGAUACUACUUAUCUCACUUACAGCGCCGUCUCCAACUACGACUACCAACGAGGACGAAACAGAAAGCUGGAGAAGAUCAACGAGAUCUUGUUUGUAGUUGAACGGAGAAGUGAGACUGAGACUCUCGUGGAUCGGGUACGAUUUGGGCAAUAUCUUAUCAAAACUCCAUUCGCGCAAGCGGUGAUAUUCACUCCACAGCAUUCACCUGCAAGCUUAGAUAUCCUCCUUGGAUCGGGAGAAGGACAAGCAGUGGCUAUGAUGUUGUUGCGACGCAGGGCGGAGAUGGGGUGGCGUGAAGUAGGCAGUAUCAAGAUUUGGGAGGACAUGGGGUCUCAAGCUUGCUUGCUGUUUAGUAUUGUUGAUGGCAGUCCGGUGGCAGAGCACAAGAAGCAGGAGGGGCACGGCGGGCUUGAAGCGACCCAGCCUUUGCCCGCCGGACGGAACGCUUCUCCUGCCUCGUCGCUCGCUGCAAGAGGCAUUGGCGUCCACGCAAGGAAAGCAGAAUAUCAAUGUGGCGCAGACGUAGACGCAAGUGGUCCAAUAAACAAGAUCUACGCCCCAAGUCAAGGUAUCAUCAUCAACGUUGGGAAUGUCCCUGCGAGAACCCAACAAAAGAUCCCGACCCUAAAGCUUGCUACACUCGACUUGUGGUCAGACGUCACGUUCGUCAACUGGAAGCAGCUCUGUCUUCGGAGGAGAAAGAAUGUAGAUGGGCUGAAGUGCAUCCUAUUCACCAUCCUCACCGAAGACGAGACGUUCAACAUGCUGCAAACGGCUGUCCUACCAACGCGACCGACGUACUGGACUCGAUACAAGCAAGCUGUCGAACUACGACCUUCAGACCGAGGAAUCUUCGUCUUGCUAGACUGUGAAAAGUCCGUGUGA